UGUCGCGUCUCUACCUGAAAUGUGGAUGGCAACACUGCUGUCAUGAGCAAAAACAUCAUUUAUUUAGUUUAAAGCUACUCAAAAUUUGCAGAUAAAAGACUUAACAUUCAGUUGUAACCGUAUCUGUAAAUAAUAGCGCUAUAUUAUGUAGUGCUGCUCCUGUACGUUGAGUAAGAGGAGCAUUAUCCUGUGUCUGAAGUUGAUAUCAUGGAUCAAUAUUCAGUGGUGAGAGUCAUUGGUGAAGGAUCUUUCGGUCGAGCUCUGUUGGUUCAGCCAAUAAAUGAAGAGAAGCACUGUGUUAUGAAGGAAAUACGACUGCCAAAGGCAGAAUCUGGGAUGAAGAAGAGCAGAAGUGAAGCUGUUCUUCUGUCCAGAAUGAAGCAUCCCAACAUCGUUGCCUUCAGAGACUCGUUUGAAGCUGACAGUCAUCUGUACAUCGUAAUGGAGUUCUGCAGUGGUGGAGAUCUAAUGCAAAGGAUACGACAGCAGAACCGACUGCUGUUCUCUGAGGAACAGAUCCUCAAGUGGUUUGCACAGAUGUGUUUAGGCACCAAACACAUUCACGACAAGCGAGUACUGCACAGGGAUUUAAAGUCAAAGAACAUUUUCUUGACAGACAGUGGAACAGUGAAGGUGGGGGAUUUCGGCUCUGCUUGCACUCUCAACAGUGCAAAAGCAUACGCUCAGACAUAUGUGGGCACUCCGUAUUAUGUUUCUCCAGAGAUCUGGGACAACAAACCUUACAACAAUAAAAGUGACGUCUGGUCUCUGGGCUGUGUUUUGUAUGAACUUUGCACCCUCCAACACCCGUUUCAGGCACGGAGCUGGAAGAGUCUGAUCCUGAAGGUCUGUCGAGGGUCAUAUGCACCUUUACCCAGUCACUUCCCUUAUGAGCUGCACUACCUCAUCAAACACAUGUUCAAGACCAACCCUAAAGACAGACCUUCCGUCCACACCAUCUUAAGCUCCCAUCGCGUGUCCCGACUGCUGCACAAACACCUCACACCUGAGAAUCAGGAACUGCUUCAAGAACGAACACGGCACUGGAGGAGAGAGGAAGGAGAGAAAGUGGCCAUGUUUUUAGGACAGAAGAGCUUACUGAACUCCUCCACAGCUGAAGGAGCAUUUCAAGCAGGACAGUCCCUCAGUAAAAGCAGCAGUGAUGAUCCUGCACCCCGUAAGAAGUGGGCAGUCGGAGCAUAUAACACUGUGCUGGGGGUCCUAGAAAAUGCUGACAUCAUUUCCACUGGAAGCACGGCAACUGCAGAGCGGCCUGACUUCAUUUCUGAGUGUGUGGAGACGCAGGAGAGACGAGUGAGGAAACAGUGGGACAGAGAUCCACCGCAGAGACUCCUGAGUGUCCUGGAGAAAGCACAGCUCAGCUUUGGCUUUGAAACAUACACGAUACAUAGAGACGGUCAGUCUGAACACACACUUUAUGACAGUAAUACCUUUAGCUAA